ACAAUCUCUCUACACUUGAUAUAAACGCGCACGCUUCACGCGUUUAAAAGGCGUCCUGCGAGACGCACUAGUCCGGUAAAAUGAGUAGUUUAAACAAAUGUGCAGGUCUUUGUAAGUUAUUAUUUAGCGGCGUCGCCACGAAGUCAUCUGUGAGUAGGGCUGUGACCCUGAACAGGAUCGCUCAAUCAUCCUAUGACGCAUCUCUGCACACGUCAUGCGCUCAGCACGGUCUGAUGGAAUUUUUUGAGCCAAAGGACAACUGGGGCGCCGACGAAGUUCGAUCAGGAAAGCCCUGGAGCAAGGAUGAGCUUCGGAUCAAAAGCAACUCAGACCUUCACAAGCUUUGGUACGUUUUGCUCAAAGAGAAGAACAUGCUGCUCACCAUGGAGGAGGCGGCAAAGCGUGAAGUGGAGCUCUUCCCAAAUCCUGAGCGUAUUGACAAGGUGAAGGAGAGCAUGGAUAACCUGGAGGAGGUGGUGCGCGAGCGCAACGAGGCGUACUACCUGCUUGAGACGGGCGAGUCCGGGGAACAGCCGUGGACACCCAAGGAGAACAUUUAUGGCUUCGUCUGCAACUUUGCCCUGAAGGAGCACUUGAUCCCGCGCAAGAGCAACCCCAAGGGCUACUUCCUGCUUUGGCGAGACAAGGACCUGGACGAGUUCCUCCGACUGUACCGCGAGAAGAUGCAGAAGCGCAAGGAGUUCCACCACCGCAUGGCCCGGAAUCGAAUAAUGCAGAUUAUCAAGCGUUUCCCCACUGUGGAUCGCGCAUUGCUGCGCGAGCAGUACCCGGAUGUGGACAUAGAUAAGCUGGAGCGGAUCGUGAAGGAGAAGAUCUAUGUCGCCUACGAGCAGCAGACUGAAUGAAUUGUGUCCCGCUCAGCACGUGUGAGGUGUCAUCGACGGUCGGCAUUUUAGGAAAUCAAUAAAUAACUAAAUAAAGCAGA